UCAAUCUUCUUUUCUUUUCUUUUUUUUUUUGCGCAUCAGUUUGCACACCACUGUCUGUGACAAUGGGGAUAGCCUAAUCUUUGCACAAAUGAAAGCGGAUUCGACAAAGGCCAAUUGCUCAAAAACAUUUCGCCUCCGGUUCCAUCAACAUCACGCUGCUAGCUGUAAUCUGAAGCCGCUCAACAUGUCAACAUCAAAAUCAAAUCGUGUAUACAGUGGCCAGACUGCAACAGCUUCUAACAAAAGGAAAAGUCACUCCCAGUUUAAGACGUCAGCGGACAUCAAAACCCAGCAGUGUCCCUCCUCGUUGAAGUCGUCACAAGAGGAAAAAUUGUUUUUAGUGCGCCCUUCGAACAGGGUGAAAGAUUUCAGUUCUAAGAACAAAGGCUUUUUCUGGCAAGCAGGCAGUGGUGAAAAAGAAAGUGCGGUAAAAUCUUUUCAUGUUCACAAAAACAAGUCGCAUCAGGCUAAAAACAAACUGGUUAAAAAGAAUCCUUCAUUUAGGAAGGUAAAAAAUAUCAUCAAUGCAGCAACGAAUUCAGUAAAGGUAUCUGUACCGAGUAAUUCCAGUAAACCCAUGUUCCAAAAGCGUUCUGAAGGCAGAGGGGAUCAGAAAGAAAUGAAAAGAACAAUUUAUAAAGUCAAAGCGGAAACUGACCCUCCUGAUGGGCGUGGCGGUAGCCAAGGCAACCUUAGGGAUGAACUGUCCACUCAUGAAGCUGACAACAACAACUGCACAACAGAGAGAACACAGAACAAUUCUCUCCAUACAAUGAAUAUCGAUCCUAGAUCUAUAUGCAGUUCGGAGGAAAUCUGUAGGGAAAAGCUGGAUAUCGAUCCAAACACAAAAUCAGUUACAGACUCCAACAAAAACAACCCGAGAGAAGAAUCACAGACUGAACUGAAAACUGAUUCAAAAGCUGAAACGAAACCUGCAGAACCGCUGGAUUCAACGGCAGACGAUUCGAACAUCGAACCCAAAGAGAAUUUGAAAAUUAAAAGUACCCCAAAAGAAAUUACUACAGACGGCGAGACAAAAGAAGAGGUGAAUACAGAGGAUGGCGUGUGUUCUGUGGUAGACGAUGAGGACGGAGAGGAAGCUGAAGGAGAAAACCAAUCGUCAGAGACGUCUUUUGACUACGACGAUGAUAGCUUUGAGAAAAGCGAGACUUACGAUCUUGCAAACUUUAACUUUGAACACCUCACGAAACCAAACCAGGAGGAACUCGACAAUACACAGGAGGAGUACAAGAUAUGUUGCAAGGCGGAAAAGAUUAUCCCCAACGCUUUCAUAGUUCGGAGCCUCACCACGACAGCAAUGAUUCUGAACAGCCAGCAGCUGGGAGCCCGUGGAAUCAUGGCGCUCUGUGGUGCUCUGUGCAAUAAUUGCAUGGUCACGGAGUUGGAAAUCAGUGAGGACGACAUUGAUCUCAAAAGCAUGACCCACAUUUGCGAGAUGUACACGGAAAACCAGUUCUUAACCCGGCUUGAUUUCUCCAACAACCGAAUGGGACGUUUACCAGUCAAACUGCUAAUCGACACGCUUACUGAGGCAGACCGUGUUGUAUCAUUGAAUCUCUCCGGGAACGCUUUGGAGGACAACGACGGGGACAUAUUUGCCACAUAUCUCAGAGAUACCACAUAUCUCCUGGAGUUGGAUCUCAGUUAUAACUGCUUCAGGGAUGAGGCUGCUGCCAUCUUAGGAAAAGGCUUGGCAGUGAACACUUCUAUUGAGAGCCUGUCCUUGAGGUGGAAUCAUUUACGCCUGAAAGGGGCAAUGGCAUUCCUUCAGGGCAUGGAGAAAAAUAAAUACAUCACUACUCUUGAUCUAGCUUGGAACGGGCUCGGGGAAGACGGGGUGAAGUGUUUGUGCAAGGUGAUACGGAAAAAUAAAGUCAUACAAGAGCUGGAUAUCUCUUCCAAUAGAAUCAACAUGAAGAGUUUCGUAGGGUUAAUGGGCGUUGUUAAGAAAAGCCGGACAUUACGAACUCUCGUUGUAGCAGGCAACAUUCUGUCAUCCAUUGAAAUAUACCAGAUCUUGAAAGAUUUACUUUCGUCGAAGGGGCAACUGUUUCUGAAAGAUCUUGACUUCGGGAAUCAGACGAUUGAGUAUAAUACCCUCCCUACCAUUAGGAAGCUCAUGGACGAGAAGGAUCUGAUGGUGUCUCAUGGGCCUGUCUUCGGAAUGAAAAAAAUCCUGAAGCGCCUUUUGGCGGCGCGUGACAAGAAAAAAGCGGCAGCGUUGAAAGAAAAGCGGGCUUUAGAGCAGGGAAAGAGGAAAAGAAAGAAACACUCAGCCUCAAAUUUGUCUGAAUCAGCAACGUCCUUGUCAUCUGUUAAGGGAAGUAGCUCUGCUUUGGGUGGGGGCGGAAAAAGAAGCAGCGGUACCUCAUCAGUCAUGUACGUGGUAAGAAGUAGCUUAGAGUUAUCACAUGAUGGGAUGAGUAAUGAUAUCCGCGAGUUAUCAGAUGACACGAAGAAAAGCAGUAGUGCCUCAUCAGUUGACAAGAAAAGAGGCACCGGCGCUUUAUCAGAUGUGUGAGCAGCUGGUAACAGCCAUGAUCAAGCACUAUGGAGAAAACAAGAAGAUAUUCCAGAAGAAUUAUCCUCAAGAUAUAACGGUCUCGUAAAAUUAACAACAAUAGUCCUAGGCGGUCUUCCUUCUUACGUUCUUUUUUUGGUUCUUUGUUUGUUUGUUUUUGAUCAAAUGGUUAAUCAAACAACCCCAAGUUCUUCAUUAAUAUACAUGAACUUCUUAGCUGGAUAACGAUUGAGCACCACAUGCUGCCCGUGGCGGUCCAUACCCAAGCGUGGGGUUCUUCUGUUUUCCGAAAUGUCUUCUGUUAUUGGCACUUGGGAGGGGGGGGGGGGGGGGUAAUAUUAAAUGAUUACUGUGUAGUUUCGUUCUCAAAAGUAAAAGUGGCCUGCUAAUUUUUAAUGAUCACUGUCACCGUUUUUUUUUCAAGCUGUAAAUUGGACUCAUUUGCAAAAACAGCUAUAAUUUUCUUAGAAAUAAAUGACACCGUAAAACAUGUUCUAACAUCGGUCCUGCUCUAUCUUCACUCUUUUCAUGUGCGGAUUGUGAAACAUUAUUUUUCUCAUCAAACGUGGUAUCGGACAUCGAAAAUCUGUCUUUGUCGUACGCGCACGUACACACACAAACAAAUAGGUAAAACUGCUUAGACAGUUAUAUACAGUACUAUAUAAUACAGUGUAAUUUGUAUAAUGCAGUAGCACCCCUUAUAACUUUUCUCGAAAGACUUUUAUUCAUGAAUUACAUAUUGUACAUGUACAUUUGUACUUUAAAAAUCGCGAAAAUUGCGAAUUCAUGUAGAUCUAGAUCUAGUACGCGAAAAAGACGUACACGGUACCCUAUACAAUAGCUUUCGCGAAUCAUGAUAUUGUGGGACGCUACAAUUACCAUAAAACAAUAAUAACAUGUAUACAUAUUAGUGUUACAAGUAUAAAACAGAGGAGCUAAUGUAAAGAAUAUUACUACUUGUAAUAGUGUGAACUCACCCUUCAUAAUAUUCACAUAGUGACAUUGUAAUGAAGGUGUUAAAACGUUAUACGCUUUACAGCACACAGCUUGCAUUUAUCCCAGUGGCAUAGAUAUCUAGAUCUACCUACAUGUCAUUGUUUGUAUCAAUGGAUUAUUGUAUAUGACGAUUUGUGACACUUUAUUCUGAACAUAAUAUGAAUAUUUGGGUGCCUUACAUCAUGGUUGCUUUUGAAUAAGAUCAGGUCUGCCUUGACAUAGUUUAAAGAGAAUAAAUGUACUUCAAAUCCGGUAUCCGAAAGUCCAGACCCCUUCAGAAUCCAAUAAUGAUUAUGAUGUGGUGGUGUUGUUUUUCUUUCUUGCUUUUGUUUAAUAUUUU